ACGGAGGUAACAGGUGCCUAAGUAAACUUUAUAUCAACUCUUGAGCUGGCUCACUAGAACUAUAAUUAAGUACCAUGGACAGCACAUUCGCCAACCUGGACGCAGCUUGCUUUUUACAGAUAUGGCAGCACUUUGAUAUUGAUGAUAAUGGUUAUAUUGAGAAGAAAGAACUUGAUGACUUUUGUCGACACCUGGCGAAGAAAACGAGUGCAGGCAACAAGAUAACCGAGGAGAAGGUCCAGCAGUUGAAAAAGAGGUUCAUGUCAACCUAUGACAGCACAUCAGAUGGACGUCUGUAUAUCCAGGAGCUGGCAAAGACUAUGCUUCCUGAGGAUGAGAACUUCCUGUUGCUGUUCCGUAGGGAGACACCACUGGACAACAGCGUAGAGUUCAUGAGGAUCUGGAGAAACUAUGAUGCUGACAGCAGUGGAUACAUAUCAGCAGUGGAGUUGAAGGGCUUCCUUCAAGACCUCUUCCUACAACACAAGAAGGUCGUUUUGCCAAACAAACUGGAGGAAUACACAGAUGCCCUGAUGAAAAUGUUCGAUAAAAAUAAAGAUGGCCGGCUGGAUUUGAACGACUUAGCCAGGAUUCUUGCACUCAAAGAAAACUUUCUGCUUAAGUUUGAAAUGCAUGCCUGCAGCCAGGAGGACAGGAAGCGGGACUUUGAGAAGAUAUUUGCCCAUUAUGACGUUAGUAAGACAGGAGCUUUAGAAGGGCCAGAGGUGGAUGGUUUUGUUAAAGAUAUGAUGGAGCUAGUGAAGCCCAGCAUCAGUGGCACUGACCUGGACAAAUUUCGUCACGUCCUGCUGGGUCACUGUGACGUCAACGGAGACGGAAAGAUCCAGAAGAACGAACUUGCGCUGUGCCUGGGUCUGAAGCUCAACUCGUAACCCCUCCCCUGAGAGGGCAGAGAAACCCCCGUGCCUCUGCUCAUAUGGCCAACGUGAGGCGGUCUAUAGGCAUGACACAAUGCAGUAGCUUUUAGAAGAGGAGUUCAACUCUCAGCUAAGGAUGGUGUUGGGACUGGUGUGGGGGAGGGAAAGGACUAAUCCGUUUUUUUUUAUUUAUUAUCAUACAUGCUCUAGAUUUACAUUGUUGGUGUUAUUUGUGGCGUUAUUUAUAUUUUAGCUGCGUAGAGGAGUGCGUCAUAGUUGAAAAUGCACUGCAUUGUAGAGGAAAUGACAAGUCCUCUCAAAAGAGUGAUGGCUGCUCAGGAUUCAUAGAAAAGUUUUGUUAUCACCCAUGUGAAAGCAAAAGGAAGGUCUAAGCGUCUUGGUGAUUUGUGUUGUUGUAGUUUUGCUUAAUUACACUUGUUAGUUGUGGUCAGGAAACUAUCAAUGGACGUGGUCUGUUAUUGUUUCCAAUGUGUUUGCAAAUUGUAUGUAAUUAUGUAAAAUAAGGGAAUUAAAUACAUUGUGAUGCAAAAUGA